CAACAAGUUUGCGCGCUCACAGCAGGUGCACGUCACCGCGCGCAACCGCCUCCUGAGGCUAUUUGCCAGGGUACUACGGUCCUUGGCAUGUUUUGCUCCCAGCGCACGCUGACUUCGCACAGUUUGGGCCCAUCGUCCUCCUCGAUCCCUGCUGGGAGUACGAUAUUCUGCUCAGCACGACGAACGGUCCAAAGGCGAUGAACACCGCCCUCGCAUAUUGCGCGCCGAGGAAGCUGUCAUUGCGCUGACAGCCGCAGCUUGGCGCCGUCCCGAGUAUACAGAUAUCGUCCGCGGACAGCUGUGGGAGCUUAGAGUACACGCCGCAGUCGCUUUUACGUAACAUGUUAUGAAAACAUGUGUCCAUGUUUUGCGCACCGUCUUGUGUUGCGCGACCACCAUGCCCAACGCGAGCCUGCUUCCUCUCUUCACCGUACAACAUGAACGAGCAGCGCAGGCGGAUAAAGUCCGCGCGAAGCCUCCGCUGGCCCCGCCUGUCCAACGUGCCUUGCAUUCCUGUCGAUCCGACAUGCCCGCGACAUGGCAGCCCAACCACACUCGGAAAUUCCAGAGGGCACACGCGAGUCCUGCUGCCCUCGCAGGCUUCUCUCCUAGCUCGCACGUCUACUGAACCAUCCCACAUCUCAUAUAGAGAAUGGCAGUACCGUAGCUGCCCCAUCGCCCAACUCCCU